UUAUUACAAUGCUUCUCUUUUAAUAUAUAAGGGAUAUGAAUAGUAGCUGUUUUGAUUUUACUAUUGAAUAUAAUGUUAUGGAUAUACAAUAUUAUUUUACAUUUUAGCAGAAUGAUAUUUAAAUUGAGCUUUCUAACUAAACUUACUUUAUGCCUCCAAGUGUGAAUUUUAUUUUCUUUCUUUCUUUUCUACUACAUUGGAGGGUAGCUCUCCAAUAAAUACUGCUUGCCCCACAACAUCUACAUAAAACGCAACAUCUACAUAAGUCAAUAUUCAGUCAAACAAAAUUCAAACAAUCACGAUUUUCUUAAGAAACUUUUUAAGCUUAUCAAUCAAGAAACUUGUGUUUAGCCUUCCAUUUAAAAUAGUUUCAAACUCCAUAAAAGAAAGAAACAUAUCGGUCACUACUGAAUUCAUAUGGAGUAAUUAUGGUGAGGUCUAUAAAACCCAUUUUAUAAACAGUGAGCGGUAGGUCGGUAUUCACCAGUGCUGAAAUUAAGUAAAACAUUUCAAGGUUUUUCUAAUCACCCAUACGGCAGUCCUCCCCAAACUAACCAAAUAGUUUUUCUUGUUGCAUGAAUUUUAAUACACUGUAACAAAGAUAUGAAUAAUUAAUAAGUCAUGACAGACGCAUGAAAUAUCAAAUAUUUCUUGACUAAAUUAGCUUAUAAUCGUUUACCUUGUCAUAUAAAAUGAUUCUGAUGUGUCACCAAAUUGUUUAUUGAAUUGUUUAAAUGUGCAUGUGAACAGCUUUCACGUGGAUCCACCAAUUCGUUUUGCAAGGUUUCACUUCGGAGAGGUAUGAUAACUUCUCUGUAAGCUUCAUGUUUUCUAUGUAGCUAUUGGUAUUUUGUGUUAGCUGCCACCUCUGCCAAUUACGGUGUAUAUAUAGCACUGGAAAAUAAUGUUAAACAGGUCACGGGGAUAUUCAAUAAUAUUUUCCUAGUGAAUCGGGUUUAGAAACUAACUAAUAUAGAAAAUUAAAAAUAUAAUUUAGGAUAUUGCAUUUCUUAAUUUGUAACUGAAUGGAAAGCAUAUAGCGUAGAGCAUCAUUUAUUAGUUUUUAAUGCAAAAUUAUAUGUAUAUUUUGAUUGGUAUCUCUGGAAAGAUACCUUUUUGUGUGUCGGUUGUCUAACAAAAUUAAACUCAGUAAUAUUAUUUGCUGAUCUUGUUAAUAUAUUGAGCCUGAAUAGGGAUUUAGAAAUCAAAUGGAAAUCUAGUGGAUAAUCUUUACAGUUAUGAAAGAUCCAUACUUCGAAGUUCGAAUGAUCCAUAUAUUCCAUAUUCCGAAAUGUAAAAUAUUGUUCGUGAGAAAGAUAUGCAAUUUGUGUGGUGAUUAGUUAUCUUAAAUAUGAUAAGUUCAUACUUAUAAAUAAAACAUUUAUUUGAUACAUAUAAUGAUUGUAUAUGUAACGACUGACCGUUUUUAUAUUUUAUGGUAUAAGGUUUUGUCAUGAUUGGUAAUUUGGUAUUGGAUAUGUUACAAAGGUCAAAGGGAGAGUUUAAAUUAAAUACAGAAAUUUUUCUUCAUAAAAUUUUUGUAAAGCUUUGAUUAUAGGACUUAAUUAAAGGUCAAAAGUUUUAGUUUAAACUGAAUAUAAUUUCUGAAGCAAUACUACAUAAACGUUACGUAAAUUUGAGAAACUAAAAUCAUCUUGAAGUGUUUAAUCUCUUGAAUAUUCGAGGAGCUAAACCUCACUUUUAUUAAACGUAGGUGGAACUUUAAUUAAUUACACGUAAAGGGAAAAGAAACUAAAAUCAUUUGUGGAAUUAAAAGGCAUUUCGUGUUAAUAUAUCACUAAAUAAAAAGCAUAGACUUAAAAUAUUCCAGUGGCAAAGAUUUGUAAAUACUUCAAAACUUUAAGGUGGUCUCAAAAAAGGUCCUUCAAUUUUAAUAGUAUUGAUAUGAUACGCGAGAAUAUCGUGUUCUGAAAAAAAAAACACUUAUUUAAAAACGGACUACGUAUCAAUAUGAUAUAACACAAUAUUCUAUUUUUCUUUGUAGUGUUUUACGAGUAGAUAGACUAAUUAUUUGUGACUGAUUUAAAUUUCAAAAUGAUACCAUAUAUUAGUCGUUUACAAAUGGAAAAAUUGGUUCAGUUUGUAGGAAUUGAUGUGAUCAAACAGUAACUUAAAGGAUGCAAAGAUGAAAGAAGAGGAAAGACAAAAGACGAAAGGUGCCGAAAUCUCACUGCUUAGUAAGGACAAUGUUGUCCAGCUAACUACAACCAUAAAAUCUUGGUAGAUUAUACAACGUGAAAUUCAUUUUUAUGUUUUCCGGCAAGUUUGAAUUUUUUUGUCCACAUAGUCAUUCUUUUUCAAUUGAUAAUUUUGGCCGUCGUCAGUAUUCACGUUAUUACAACAUUGUCGAAAAUAGUAUUUCAUAAUUUAUAGAUUAUAUGAUUAAUCUUGAAAUAUUGAUUUCAUACAGAAUAAAAAACAAGACCUAGCUAUUUUGGAAUUGUUAAACUGUAUAGAAAAUAUUUUGUUACGAUGGUCUUGAAUAUCACACUAUCAUAUGUAGAGAUAAUGUGAGAUAUUAUAAUAUAGUUAAUUUUAUAUAUUUUCAGUAAGAGAACUGGUGACGAAUAGAGCACGUGACAAAAAAAAAUGAUCAGUUACAUUAAAUAAAUCAUUUUAAAAUUAUAAUUUCUUUCUCGUUUUUGUUUUUCUUUUUAAUUCUAAAAGGUUCACUUUAGUUUGUUUCCUUCUUUCGUACACGAUUUUAAAAACUAAAUCAAAACUCGUUUUCCGUAUAAUUUUAAAACGUCUGCUCCAGUUAAUUAUCAAUAUUUUUCUGUAUUAUAAUUUCAAUAAUUAACAUAGUAUUAAAUAUUAGAUAUGUUUUCCGAUUUCUAUACAUUUAACAGGUUAUUUAGAAUAAUUGCAUCAUGCUUUUGUUUUAUAUAAUUCGCAAAAAUGUUUUUACACUGCCUCUUGAAACCCACCGGACAAGUCUUGUACCUCUCAGCCACUCAAUUCCUUGUCUUUAGCACAAAACACAAAUGGUUUGGUUUUUCUUAAUUAUCUUCAUUUCUUUUUUACUAGGGGAUUUGCACUAGAUGGCUAUGAAAGAAAAUAUAAUUAGCUAGAUGGAUAAGUCACUGUGCAAAUUCUAUAAACCCAAAUGUACCCUUGUAUAUCUACCUCUACCCAACUCUCUCUCUUAUGUCUCUCUCUUCUCCCUCCUCUUCCUUUCUUCCAUGGGAUUAAUGGUGACUUCUCCAGUUUCAGAAUCAUUGUUGCUCCUUCCCCCACUUCCUGAACACCGCCAUCUGCUCUUCCUCUAGAUCUGUUUGGUGGGAUCCCUGCCCCCGACCCUCCUGAUCCUCUGACCCUCCCGACAUGUUCAGCGAAUCAGAUCUGUCGUCUCCACCUGUCUCUGUUUCACCAUAACAGCUGCAAGGUCUUCUCUUUUUAAUUGUACAACAACAGUUUGCUCGGUCUGUUUGCUGCCUGUACCUCUUAGAGUGAAGCUUGUUAGGCAUUUGCUUCUCCCUACUGUUGGUUGCAGAUCUUGGAUUUGUGAUUUUGUUUGGGAAAACAACGUUUUUUCAUGUUCUUAAGUUUAUUUUUUAAAUAUAUGGUUUAUGUGAUCCGGUUAAAUGAUUCUAUUUGGGAUGAAACCUAUAUUAGAUUUGGAUUGCUUGCCUUCAAUUUAAGGAACCAGUUACGACAAUUACUUCAGGAUGAAGAUUUUGGUUGCAGAUCUUUGACACACAAUGAAAAGGAUAUUAUUGUCAUUACACCAUCAAUCUCCUACCAAAUCUGCAAAUAUAAAAAACUUAUGACCAUCUGCCUAAUUACCGACCACUUUUUGUAUAUACACCAAAAUAGGCCUUUUUACUAUUUUAAAACCGCACAGAUCCUCAUAUCUCCUCCCCCCCCCAACCCCGCCCCCGCCCCAACUCCCUCCUCGGUCUUUAUUAUAUAAACCCUGCUCUCGUAAGACUUGUUAUAAAACUUACAAGUUAAAACAAGAUAAAAACCAAACACAAUAACCAAUGGUUGUGCCAAUUGAGACAGUGGAGAGAAGAACCGAUCUCCAGCGACCUUUGGUGGAUCCGACGGUCUCGGAGCGAAAACCUCACAAUGAUGUCGGACUCGAGAGCGUUUUGACGGAGAGUAGCCUUCCUUAUCGGAGGCGCGUGUACCUAGGAGCGUGCAUAGAGAUGAAACUACUUUUCCGGUUGGCACGUCCGGCUAUACUUGUCUAUUUAGUUAACAGCGGCAUGAGUAUCUCCGCUCGUAUCUUCGCCGGACAUCUCGGCAGUCAGGAACUCGCCGCCGCGUCCCUCGGAAAUAGCUGCUUCUUUCUUGUCUAUGGCCUCAUGUUGGGCAUGGGCAGUGCAGUCGAGACACUAUGUGGACAAGCAUAUGGGGCCCAACGCUAUGACAUGCUUGGGAUCUAUCUCCAAAGAGCAACAAUGGUCCUUGCUUUAGUGGGUUUGCCAAUGACAGUGCUAUACACCUUCUCAUACCCGAUUCUACUUCUGUUAGGCGAACCUAAAACAGUAUCAUACAAAGGUUCUUUGUACAUCGCCGGACUCAUCCCUCAAAUCUUUGCCUACGCCGUCAACUUCACGGCCCAGAAGUUCCUCCAGGCCCAAAGCGUGGUGAUCCCCAGCGCGUACAUCUCAGGCGCCGCCCUUCUCCUCCAGAUCUUGUUGACGUGGAUCACCGUUUACGUAAUGGGCAUGGGCCUUAUGGGAAUCGCUUGCGUUCUUACUAUCUCUUGGUGGGUUAUGGUUGUGGCUCAAGCUUUGUAUAUUAAGAAUAGUCAAAGGUUCAGACACACGUGGACUGGUCUUAGCUCGAGAUCGUUCCAAGGUCUAUGGGGUUUUUUUAAACUCUCUGUUGGCUCCGCGGUUAUGAUCUGUCUGGAAAUGUGGUAUUCACAGAUUCUGGUUCUUCUCGCUGGUCUGCUUAAAGACCCUGCUCUCUCUCUAGAUUCUCUCUCGAUUUGUAUGGCAGUUUCAGCAUUAUCAUUCAUGGUCUCGGUCGGUUUCAACGCGGCUGCAAGUAUAAGAACAAGUAAUGAGCUCGGAGCGGGAAAUCCAAAAUCGGCGUUGUUCUCUACAUGGACGGCGACUUUCGUUUCCUUCGUGAUCUCCGUCGCGGAGGCAGUCAUCCUGUUGGCGUCACGUGAUUACAUUAGCUACAUUUUCACGUCGGACGCUGACGUGGCUAAAGCCGUCUCUGACCUCUGCCCUUUUCUCGCCGUCACAGUUAUCCUCAACGGAAUCCAACCCGUCUUGUCCGGAGUGGCAGUGGGGUGUGGAUGGCAGGCAUUUGUGGCGUAUGUGAAUGUUGGUUGUUACUAUGUUGUUGGUAUUCCCAUUGGUUGUGUUCUUGGGUUUACUUUCAAUUUGCAAGCCAAGGGAAUAUGGACCGGGAUGAUUGGAGGUACCCUCAUGCAAACCCUCAUUUUACUUUACGUCACGUACCAAACAGAUUGGGAUAAAGAGGUGGAAAAAGCUAGGAAACGAUUGGAUAUGUGGGACGACAAGAAGAAUUCUCUCCAAAAUUAGUUAUUAUGUCUGCCGGAAUGAAAGACCAAAAAAGAAUAACAUGUGACAUGUGUGGUGGUCUGUGGAGGUAUUUGAAAAGAAGAUCUUCUUUUUGAAACUUUUUCUUUGUAAUAAUAUUUGUUGGCUGAUCUAAUGGAUGGUUUUAUCAAAUCUUAUUUAAAUUUGUUUUUAAAUUGAUCUAUUGUAUAUUACU